UCAGCAGAUACACAAUGAUCAUUUUUGUGACGACAAUUGAGCGAAGCCCGACGGAGCAAUGAACUAGGACCGUGCCCAGCCUUCCGGACUUUGAUCGAGUCCAGCGGUUCACAGGUUCUCUUCGUCGAGGACAAGCGCACAGGCAUCGUUUCAAUCCCUUAGACCAGGAUGAAAUGCAUCCCACAUACCCUCCCAAGCUCGGCCUAUCUCAGCAUGCGUCUAUCCCCCUGAUCAUCUAUCCACCUCAUCGAAAAUGUCUACCAAUUGCCAGUCACAAAACGAUCCUAGCGACGACACCACCGCGCUUGGGACUAGAGACUCCGUGGCUUCCAGUCUGAAAGAUAUGGCCAGCGAGAACGGUAAGAGCCGUUUUAACAUGGGUGCAACCCAGCCCAUUGACGUCGGCUCUUCGCCUCCAGCCCCACCUCUUCAGUCAGCAGUCAGCCUCACCGACAUGAGCCUAGUCCUAGUAAAGCCGGCAAAACGUCGUCCAUCGGGCACACGCCCUCCCUUCUCUGCUCUUGUGAACGUAUCUGAGAGCCAGACAACGAUCGCCGAGUCCGAGUCUGAGUCCGUCUCCGACUCCGACUCAGCACGGGAGUCGGGAUCAGCGUCCUGCUUGACAGAUGAUUCAGAAUCCGAGCAGGCUCACCACCCCGAGAUACACCACGACAGCUCCGCACUCAGUGUUGCAUGGCAGCGCCGUCACACUGCAGUCUUCCCCCCCACCGAAGGCGACGCAACGCACGCGCCUAACGUGGUCACCCCACGUCUCGGACCUCAUCCUAAUCUCCCACUUCCUGUCGAAGACCCCAUCGAUCUGGACUCGCUGUGGGACGAUAUGCGGGAGUGCCAGAGACUGAUCGCAGAAAGUAAGCAGGAGAAUGCGAAACAGCGUGCGGAUUACGAGCAGGAGAGCGAAGCAGAGCUCGAGGAACGGGGGUGGGGAAGCGAGACAGAGCUGAAAGUCGACGAGGAGGAGGAGUCUACGAGGCACUUAGCCAGGCAUUUUGCGGAAGAGAUGCUGGAGGACGAUCGCAGAACCGCGUCCAGGGAGGAUGAGAGCGAGCACAUGGAUAUCGACUUCGAAGGGGAGUCUUCUAUGUUUACUAGCAGUUACCGAGCAUUUCUCGAGUCGUCUCCGAUGGACCAAGACGACGAAGAGGAGAGGGAGCUAGCGGAUUUUCUAUAG